AUGAACUCCUCUCGGCCGUAUGUCGUCCUCUACAGCCCGACUCGGCGAGACUUUGCAAUCCAAGCCGGCGGACGCAAAGUGUCGAAGAAGACGCGACCUUGUCUGGUCACGGCCCUAGAGGGUGAUGAAAUGUGGCUCGCACCGUUGUUAACAGCUCGGGAGCACACCAAGAUGAAUCCGUUUGCAUGGAGCAUUGUCGACUACGGCCGUCACGGUCCUCAUCCGCCCAGCAGCCCGGACGUCAAUGCUGCGACGUUCGUGAUUCCGUUGAGACGUGGGCGCACGCGGCGAUGGAAACCGACGUCGUGCUUUGUGUGGACUCGCGACGCAGGCCAGUUGGUCAGCGUCAGCGAGUUCCGAGUGCUGCAGGCCCGGGGAAGGGCGGCCGUCCUGGACACCGACUUUGCUCUCGAUGCUGUGCAGAUGGAACGUCUGCGCAUAAUGCAUCACGAUGUUGGGAUAGCAGAAUUGGCGAAAGCAGGGUGGGAGUGA